AUGGAUGAAGUUACUAGCACAGAAACUUCAUCUCAAGAAGUGCCAAAUGCUGAAUGUCCUCUUUGGCAGUAUGUGACUAAAGUAGAAAAACCACCUAGUGCUACUGUUAAAAAAGGUAUUAAAGCAUGCCCUAAUGUGACACCGAGCCAUAGGUUGGAAAUGCAGCGAAUGCAUGAUCAAGUUAAGAAUAGACAGGAAGGGAGUGAUAGUACAAAUCCGGUUGAUGAUAAGAGGAGGAAGGUAAUUGGGAUUUCUCCUAUUGAGAAAGCAUUCCAGAAUAAUGCUAAACAUGAAUUGGAUAGUAAAAUUGCUAGGAUGUUUUACAUCGGUGGGCUUCCAUUUAACUUUGCAAGGAACCCAUAUUAUCGUAAUUCCUAUGCAUAUGCUGCUACCCAUAGCAUCCCAAGUUAUGUUCCUCCUGGAUACAAUACCUUAAGAACAACACUUUUGCAAAAAGAAAGAGUUCGUGUUGAAAGACUCUUGAAACCAAUUAAGGACUUUUGGCUUGAAAAUGGUGUAAGUAUAGUUUUUGAUGGAUGGUCAAAUCCACAAAGGAGGCCUCUUAUUAAUAUUAUGGCUGUAUCAGAUGGGGGUCCAGUGUUUAUAAAGACAAUUGAUGAGUCAGGUGAGUUCAAAGACAAACAUUAUAUUGUUGGUGUGUUAAAGGAUGUUAUAAAAGAGAUUGGACAUGAAAAAGUUGUCCAAGUCAUCACUGAUAAUGCUAAUGUGAUGAAGUCUGCUGGAGCUCUUGUUGAAGGUGAGUAUCCUAAAAUAUUUUGGACACCCUGUGUUGUCCACACUUUCAAUCUAGCUUUGAAGAAUAUUUGUGCAGCAAAAAACACUAAAAAGAAUGAAGUUACAUAUGAGGAAUGUAGUUGGAUUACACGUAUUGUUGAUGAUGCAUCCUUCGUACGUGUUUUUAUUAUGAACCAUUCAAUGAAGUUGGCAAUGUUUAAUGAAUUUUGUCCAUUAAAACUACUCCAAGUUACUGAUACUAGAUUUGCUUCGAUUGUUGUAAUGCUGCAAAGGUUGAAAUUGAUAAAGAGAUGCCUUCAAGCCAUGGCUAUUAGUGAGCAAUGGGCUUCUUAUAGGGAGGAUGAUGUUGGAAAACCUCAAAAGGUGAAAGAUAUGAUUCUAAGUGAUCUUUGGUGGGAUAAAGUUGAUUAUAUCCUUAAAUUCACAGCACCUAUUUAUGAUAUGCUACGAGUAGCCGACACAAAUAAGCCUUGUCUUCAUCUUGUGUAUGAGAUAUGA